AUGUCCAACGACAGCAAUGUCGGCGAGACGGAAACUGCCGUAGGGCAGCUCUCUGAAAAUACCGUCGAGUACAUGCUCUUUGUGGUCGAGAACCAACAAUCCGAGGCUCGUAAAGCACGUACUCGCCUUGAAGCUAUUCGAAAAGCAGCAGUUGAGCUCGUUCAGUCGCUCACAAAGGACUACAUCUGGCAGCGUGAGGGGUUUGAGAUUUCGCUGAAAAGCGAGCAUGGACUUCUGUUUCUACAUGGCACCACUGAUUAUGGAGAUGCCAUCGAAGAUGAAUGGCUCAUUGUCUACAUGCUCUGUGAGCUGUCCAAAGCCCAUCCCGACGUCUGGGUUCGAGUUGGAGAUUCCGAUGGAGAAUUCCUCCUUGUCGAAGCGGCCAACGUCCUUCCCAUGUGGCUGAGUCCGGAAAUUGAUCGUUACCGCGUAUGGAUCCAUCUUGGGAAGAUCUUCCUUAUACCUCUCAUGCUCAGGGGUAAAGACGAUCCCGACCAAUUGUCGCUUUCGCAAGCCGUCACGUUUCUGCGAUCAAAUACAGACGCCCUGGUUCACCUCCCCGCCAUCGAUUCCGAAGCAUUUCAUAGAUUGAAGAAAUACCCAGAUCAAAUCUCCAACUCUAUCCACCAUUCCCUUGUCACGAUUCCUAGAGCAGUGGCCUACAUUUUACAUGCUCUUCCAAAGGCUGUUGCCCCUGCCGUUGAGCACUUUUAUUUGCGAGAUGCCAACUCGCUGAAGCCCAUUAUAUCUUCAUCGGGAUCUUUGCAAUUUCCACCGGAAGAUCUUGUCACGGUCAGUGUAAGAUUCAGCAAAACCCUCUUUGCUCAGCUCAAGUCCCAGAGAUUCGACACACCGCCAAGGUGGGAGGCCCUGCUCCGCAAAACCACAAACGCGGAGCUGCUGCCAAAACAAGACCAGAAGAAAUUCGAACACUUAGAGACUGGCAUGAAGCUCACCUGCGGGUUCGAGAUGCUUGCUGUCAAUGCAGAGAAUAGCAAGAGCAGAGUCGUUCGCGAAAUGGCUAUCAUGUUAGAGGAUCUGCAAGAGGACGGAAGCUCAUGCCUGCCUUCCGAUGAAGAGAUGAAAUUGUGGGAGAACGCUGGUCGGGAUGACGAUGAUUCAUGGCUUGACAUCAAUUACGAAGACUUUGAGCGCGAGCUAGAAGGGAAGCAAACUCAUGCUUCGUCUUCAAAGAGCGCAUCCGGCUUCGGCGAGGCUCAGACACAAGAGAAUCUGAGAAAGAUAGUCUCGCGCUUCGAGUCUUUCCUCAACGAUGAUGACGCUGGGUUAGAGGGCGCUGAGCUCGACAGAAUGGACGUCGAUGAUGAUGACGAGGAAGAAGAAGAAGAUCAGGACGUAGAGGUGAGCUUUGAUGAAGAAGCAUUCUCCAACAUGAUGAAAGAAAUGAUGGGCAUUGCCACAACGAAUCCUGGGGAAGGAGCAAAGGUUCGAAAGGUUGAGACUGCCGAGGACCACACCGAUAGCGAUGCAGAAGAGGAUCGAGACAUACAAGAUCUCGCAUCUCGCAUGGAAGCCGAGCUCAAAGAGUACGGGACUCUCCAGCUCGAUCCACCAACAACCGAGCGUGCGAUAAAGUCAAAGCAAAGCUCUGAGAAGGAUAAGCAGAAGGAUAAGCAGAAACAGAAGCAACCGCUGCAAGGAGAAAACGGCCAUUCGGCAGAUUCCACCGAUGACGAGGACGGCGAAGUCGACAUUGACUAUAACCUAGCCAAGAAUCUUCUCGAGAGCUUCAAGAGCCAGGGAGGCAUGGCUGGCCCUGCGGGAAAUCUCAUGGGGCUCAUGGGGUUCCAGCUACCCCGUGACGAAGAUAGCGGCAGUGAAGGCCAAGGUGAC